CAAUGCAAACCCCCGAAAUAUGGUCUGAACACGAACCCUAUAUUUCGGUUGGUUCAAAUCGACAGCAGCAGGAGAUACGUGUUGGUGCUGGACACGUCUAAGAGCAUGGAAGGGACUAGACUGGAGCAAAUGCGGCAGACGGUGAGCAUCUUUAUCUCACAAUCAGUGGCCGUUGGAGACCAAGUUGGUAUCGUUGAGUUCAAUACGAAGGCUUAUAAGCUGGCAUCAUUAACAACGAUACAAGACGACAGCGACAGAACCAACUUAUUGAACAAACUACCAACCAAAGCUCAUGAUAGCACUUGUAUCGGUUGUGGACUUGAGAUGGCGAUUACGGUGUUGAAAGAACAGGGAGUAAGUGCAGCUGGAGGGAAUAUCAUUGUGUUUACUGACGGGGAGGAGAAUCAAAAGCCGAUGGUAAAAGACGUAGCUGAUGAAGUGGUACAAAAGUUAGUUGUUGUUGACGCAAUAUAUUACACAACAUCCGGCAACGCCGACCUUGAGCAACUGGUGGAAGAUACGAAUGGUGUUUGGUUUUAUGGGGAUAUGGCGGACAUUACACAAAUAUUGGGGGCGUUUCAAAGUCUUGCUUCCCCCAAUGAUGGUGAUGUGUUUACUGAAACUUUCAAGGUUCACAGCUCAUCAUUCAGUGUAGAUAAAUACUCAACAUACACCGGCUCCGUUACCAUCGACUCAACUGUAGGAAACCAAACGUUAUUCUCAUUCACUUGGUCCCAAUAUAACAUAGCGAUAAACGUGGAACUUGAACACCCAUCUGGUUGCACUUACUCAACCAAACCAUCGAUAACCACUAACAGUUGUCCCGGCCACCCGCUUGCUGAAAUAAAUGCGGAAUUUGAAUUUGUGGAAUUCCCAUUGCCAGGAACAGCAACGGUUGGCUUGUGGAAAUAUUACGUUUCAACGUCGUCAGCAUACAGCCAGGUCGUUACAGCAACAGUGACGUCAGCGGCUUCAAGCAAACAAAUCCAGCCCAUCGUAGUGUCAUCGGGAUUGGACCAAACAGACGUCGGGACAGGUCAAGCCAUCGUGGUGUAUGCGCAAGUGUCACAAGGGUUCUCUCCUGUGCUCGGCGCCCAAGUAUUCGCUAGUAUCGGCACACCAGAUGGCGGCGAAACAUCUAUUGAACUGUAUGAUGCUGGAGCCGCGCCUGACGUCCGCUUGAAUGACGGUGUGUAUUCAAGAUACUUCACUGGUUACACGAGUCCUGGGAGAUAUUCGGUUGAGGUGACAGUAAGCAGCACCGACUCAAACCCAUACUUGCAAAGUCCCGGGUCAAGGGCCGCCCUUAAUGUUGGAACCGUAAACUCGCAAGGAAACGUGGUUUUAAAUCCGAAUGCGGGAAAGUACGUCUCGCGAGCUCCCUCUGGCGGCGUAGAAAACUUCACAAGAAUUGUCACCAACGGCGGGUUCUCCUACACUGGAAAACCCAUAUCUGGUGACAAAUUCCCACCGAGUCGCAUCCUUGAUCUGUUCGUUGAACAAAACGACGUUUACAGUUGGAGUGAUGGUUUGACGCUUAGUUUCACUGCGCCUGGCUCCGAUUAUGACGACGGCAAAGCGUCAAAGUACGACCUCCGCUACACGAUCAACAACGUUAGUAAACUGCUCGACAACUUUGACUCCUGCCUUCCUAUUAACGAAACUUUCGUUAAAAGUGGAAACUUGACCGCACCCAGUGUUGCGGGCAGCAAGGAGAAUUUUGUAGUUUUGCCGCUCCUGUUUGGACACGCCGAUAAAAUAACAAUAGCGUUUGCCAUUCGUGCGUUCGACCAAUCCAACAACGUUGCCGAUCCAUCGAACGUCGCCCCAACAACUUUCUUCGUUGAUCCACCUCCAGGGUCGGCCCAUGCAUUCAAAGCAUCGUGGAUUGUAAGCCUUACAACCUUUCUUCUGCUCUCAUUCAUCAUGAGUGCUGCGAUUACUGAACGUCAGUGGUUACGAACGGGUUGGGUUUAACUUGUCAAUUACCACGUACAUCUGUCAGCAGGGAUCGCCUGCACUUAAUAUUAGGCGCGCACUACAGCGUACAUCGGGAGUUACUCGUACGUCACAAGCCGAAAAUAAACUGUGUCGCAGUUUCGCAACGAACGACCUGCGAGUAUAGGGUCAGUGGUAGAAGCAAACAUCUCAACGUGAAGUGAAGCGUGUCGUGUACCAGCUGCCCGCGGAAACAACUGACAUCACACCCGAAGGUUGAGGAAGAUGUGCAAGCCUCAACACAGUAUUUGUAUUGUUAUCAUUGUUGUCACACAUGUAAGUUGAUAUGAACAUACAAUGGUUAACUGGGACCUCACCCUGCUGGUUGAUAGUUUCCCUCUGUUCGUGUUUUGUAACAGCUUAAGUGCAUGGCGGUGUCAAGUGACGGCCGAUCACGUACAUACGGUGGGAUAGAUGGUUGUAAUUCAUAACCAGAAUAAUAACAUUGAGGCAAAACGGGUUGGGUUGCUUUUUACAUCAAUAAAUGAAUGAAUAGCAUUAUUUUGUCUUCUCAGCGAAGGUCGAAUUAGUAUAUAGUAGGGUGGAGGUAGAUGGGACGCCUUUAGCACAUAAUAUU